AUGGCAGAGAACAACAAGGCUCCAGCACAAAUCAAAGACCUACAGAUUAUGAUUGCAAACAAAGAGAAGGAUGAAAGCAAGAAGCAGUUAGCACCAAAGAGGAGCUCCACCAAGGACAGGCACAAGAAAGUGGAUGGCAGGGGGAGAAGAAUAAGGAUGCCAGCGCUCUGCGCGGCGAGGGUUUUUCAGCUCACCAGAGAAUUGGGUCACAAGUCCGACGGUGAGACAAUCCAGUGGCUUUUACAGCAAGCAGAACCGUCAAUUGUUGCUGCUACUGGCUCCGGGACCAUGCCGGCGUCAGCUCUGGCAGCGGCUGCAGAGUCCUCUGUUUCUGAACAGGGGAACUCUGUUUCCUCUGGAUUAAUGAGCUUUGGCCAUCUGGGGAGAUCUAAUGCAGCAACUGGGAUUUGGCCUUUCGUCAGUGGGAUUAGGUCAAGUUUUGAUCACAAUUCUGGUCAGCAAACGUUGAAUUUUGGGGGUGAGAACUUGAAUUUCAUGCAUAAGUUUGGUUUCCAAGGAUUUGAUGCUCCUAGUAAUUUGGGAUCAAUGAGUUUUCCCACAACUCUGAGUGGAAGCAAUCAGCAAGUUCCAGGUCUGGAGCUUGGACUUUCUCAGGAUGGUCACAUUGGGUUGGUGAAUUCUCAAGCUUUGAGUUUGACCCAAUUUCUUCAGAACAAGGUGCAGAGGCCUAGGGGUGUUGGUUCCUUCAAUCAGCAGCAGCAGCAACAACAAUCGAAUACGAACGAAUGAUUUUCGAGGAACGGAGACAGUAGAGAAGUUCAAAAUAGCUAAGAUACUGGCUUUGCAGGGUUACCCUUCUUUCAACAUUCUUCAUUUUAUCAGGAUAACUAUGGAGAAGAAAAUGGCUUGGAGAUUGGGUUUGCUUUCUAUUUCUUGUUGAUUUGUUUAGAAUUAUGUGUGCUGCUGGCUUGCAUCAAACAACAAAAAGUUGUAGAAUGCUGAGCAAUUAUAUAGUAAAUGGAUUUCGUGCAGGUAUGCAAUUUCAUUUAGAUAUCAUGAUCUGGAUUUUGUAUUUAUAGAGAGCUUUUUCUAUAUGUGUCCCAUAUAAUAUCCCAUGCUGAGCAUUAUCUACUAAAUAGGGAGCUUUUUUACUCUA